UGAAGGCUUUAACCUCACACCAGAAUCUUCCAUUAUAUUCUCUCUAACACAUCCCAUUCUAUGUGUUAUAGAGAUUAACCCCUAAUUAGGCUAUCACUCUCAAACACACUCACUCAGAAAGAAAGCAUAUCCAAACCCAUCUUCCAUUGACACCACAAGUUCCAAACUUCCACACAUUCUAAGACUCCCAUUACCUUAAAAGCCCCGAAAACCAUGUCGGUAUCAUGUGGGGUAGAGUGCGUCUUCGUUCUCGGCUGCGCGCGCUGGCUCUGGAAACGCUGUACCUACGUCGGCUCCUACGACAGUGUCACGUGGCCAGCCGCCACAGCCGAUGAGUUCGAGCCGGUACCACGUGUCUGCCGACUCAUUCUCGCCAUCUACGAACCGGAUCUCCGAAACCCGCAGUACUAUAAACCCGCAACCGGGUACGGGUUGAACCCGGAUUGGGUCAUAAAACGUGUCACUUACGAAGAAACACUCGGCCAAGCGCCGCCCUACAUAAUCUACGCCGAUCACGAGCACCGCGAGAUCGUGAUGGCGGUGCGUGGACUCAAUUUAGUGAAGGAGAGUGAUUAUAAGCUUCUUUUGGAUAAUCGAUUGGGUAAGCAAAUGUUCGAUGGUGGGUAUGUUCAUCAUGGGUUGCUGAAGUCUGCGGUUUGGUUGUUGAAUCGUGAAUCGGAGACUUUGAAGCGAUUGUGGGUUGAGAAUGGUUCGGAUUAUGGAAUGGUUUUUGCGGGUCACUCUUUGGGGUCUGGUGUGGUUUCGUUGUUGACAAUUCUUGUUGUGAAUCAUAGAGAGCGUUUGGGUGGAAUUCCCAAAGAGAAGAUUCGGUGUUAUGCUCUUGCUCCUGCUCGUUGUAUGUCUCUCAAUUUGGCCGUUAAAUAUGCCAAUGUCAUUCACUCUAUUAUUUUGCAGGAUGAUUUCUUGCCAAGAACGGCCACUCCACUGGAAGAUAUAUUCAAAUCAAUAUUCUGUUUGCCCUGCUUAUUAUUCUUGGUUUGCCUGAGAGACACCUUUAUACCCGAGGGUAGAAAGCUUGGGGAUCCAAGGAGACUUUAUGCACCAGGACGAAUGUACCAUAUUGUUGAGAGAAAAUUUUGCAGAUGUGGGAGAUUUCCUCCUGAAGUGAGGACUGCCAUUCCUGUUGAUGGAAGAUUUGAGCAUAUUGUCUUGUCCUGUAAUGCAACUUCAGAUCAUGGAAUUAUUUGGAUUGAAAGAGAGGCAGAGAAAGCCUUACAAUUAAUGAAGGAUCACAGCUCUAAAACUGUGACAGUCCCUCCAACUGUACGAAAGUUUGAGAGGUUGAAGACCAUAGAAAAAGAACAUAGAGAUGCUUUGGAAAGGGCUGUUAGCUUAAAUGUACCUCAUGCAGUGGACACUGCAGAGGAAGAAUCAUCUAAAAAAAAUGAAGGUGAGGCAUCCAGUAGUGCAAGCAAGGACGCCUCAACUACCCAAUCAAAAUCAAGUCGGGGAAGGUCAACCUGGGAUGAGGUGGUUCAAAAACUACUCAAGAAUGAGACAGAUCCACACCUGGAAAGGGAUACACAUGUCCCACAAUAGCAUCUCUCUCUAUGGUCUUUAUCGUGCAUAUCCACACGCAUUCAUAUAUUUGUUUCUUUUUUUCUUAGGUAUUCUUGGGUUUGUAGAUGUAAAAAAAAGAGUUACAAUUGCUUGGGAACUCCAGGCAUACCGCAGAGGAAUUACAGUACGUGAGCCGAGAAGUGCUAUUUCUGAUGUUUCGGUCCUGAUUGUUUUUUCGGGGUUAAAACUUGAGGCUUUCCUAUGUAUAAUUUAAAGUAAACAUGGAUCAAUAAAUAUUUUUAUCUGUUGAGUGGGGACUGUUACUGAUGCAAGGUGUAUGUUCUUAUAAUGAUCCAUUCUACUAUUUCGUUGUCGGUUAUCACACUGGUGGAUAGGCAUAAUGGUUUUGAAAGAUAAAUAUCUCUUGAUCGUUUUAUUUGUUCUACAAAUUUGAGCGUUGCAUCCUCCACUGGUAAAACCUGACUCAGCACCUACUUAAAAGAGGAUUCAAAAAGCGUGAAGUUGAACGCCUGAGGUUCAGCAAAACAAGGAAACAGAAAACAUGCACGACAAUCAAAAUGCCAAAAACACAGACUAAUAAUGCAACGUAUUAUAUAUAUAAAAGAGGGAUGAUUAGUACACAAGGUGAAUUCUUAAACGUAUAUUUUUUGCUAGAAAAAUAUGCGGAGGUAAUAAAUAACAAAUAAAACCUUUUUAAAAGUUUCCAAAGAGAUGAGAAUUUAAAACUCCU